CCCAAAGGGACAAUCCAGCCGUUAGCAGCGCUCUGAGUUAGCGUGGUAUUUUUCGCCGGGUUGUUUUGGGACAUGUAGUACACCUGAGGACUUCAGUGUGAAGAUAAACCCCAACCUGACAAACAGCAGAGAUGUCUCUGGAGCAGCUCAGUGAUGUGGUCCAGAGAUGUCAAGCCCUCUCUGAUGACAGCUACACCACCGAGGACCAUGACGUAUUCUCCAUAUCUGGGCGGACCUGCAUUGAGGAGGGAAACAGUGUACAGGUCCUCAGUAUUGUCCUGGAUGAAAAGAAUCAGGACAUUGUGAGAUGUAUGGGCUGGAAUCUGCUGCCUCCCCUGAUCCAGGUUCUGCUGAAGAAACAAAAUGAGAAGCUUUCUCCAUGCCUUGCCAUUUUCAAGCACCUGCUACAGACCUGCAGACCCAAAGAGCUGCUGAUUGGCUUGUUGGAGCAGCUGGAGCAGGACGACCCUGACACCAUAGCAGAGAGCCUCCACCUGCUGUUGAACCCUCUACAGAAAGUGUUGCUGUGCCUGGGCAGCCGUAAGGCGUCGUCUUUGGGCAUGACCCUGUCGUCUGUGCUGGACCAGGUGGCCAAACUGCCUCUACCUCACACCAAGGAGCAAGAGGAGGAUGACGUCUUCUCGCUUUGUCGCUGCUGCACCGAUCUGACAGACUUUGUCAAGCCUUUUGUCCACGAGGCCAAGUGUCACCUCCUGAACCGCGAGGCACAAAGUGAGAACACGAAGAAGAUGGCGGGUGAGCGGGGCAGGCAUGAAGAGGACGAGCUGCGUACAGAACUGCUGAAGUUCUCUAUGAAAACUCUGAGUCACCCUCUGCUGGAGUUACAACUCAAGGAUCCGGACACUCUGGCCGUGUCUCCCCUCAGGAAUUUUGCCACAGAGAUUUUGAACACCCUCAGUGCUAUCGGAGAGUCCAUCCCCAGUCUUGUGUUCCAGCCUCUGUUGAAGAGAAAACAGGUUCCGGGCUUUCUAGAGGAGGAGGUGCGAUAUCCUAAAGAGUCUUUGGCAAGCCUGGCUCACCUGGUGUUUGUCCAUCACCUGGCUGCAGAUACAUUCCCCAGUGUUUUCAGUUCUGUGUUCAGUCUUCGGUGUAAUAUGGAGCACAUUUGCCUCCUCUUGUCCAGAACGGAGGAGUCCAGGAUUCAGAAAGGACUGGAGCUGUAUGAGAAGAGUCUGGUGUGCUUGGAGGACGGCAGUCUGUCUGCUGAUCUGCUGGAGAUCAAAACGUUCCUCACAGUCCCUCAGAACUUGGUGAAGGUCAUGACGAUGUGUCCGCGGCACGAUUUGAGAACCAGAGGUCUAAAGGUGUUGCAGCUGAGCAUCGAUAAGUUUGACACUGAAGCAAAGUACAAUUUUUUCCAGUACAUGCUGAACACCAGUCAUCACUCAGGAGUUGAAGGCUACGUCAUCAAAAACAUCAAGAUCCAGAUAGAUAGUGCCCUGCAGCCAGGUAACAGUAACGCCUGGUUUGAGGGAUCUCAACUGCUGCCUUUGCUGCGUAAAGUUCUCAGUCUGCCAGACGGCCCAGAGACCGACCUCCUGCAGUACCUGGACCGAGUCAUGGAGUCUCUGAACCUGCUGCGUUACCUCGUCAUCAGAGACAAAGUGACAGAGAACCAGACGGGGAUCUGGACAGAACUGUACAAAAUAGAAGACACGUUCCUGAAGCCGCUACGUGUCGGAGUGAAUAUGUCGAGAGCUCACUACGAGAGGGAGCUCCACGACACCAUGCAGACCAAGAGGGGCAAAGUCAAAGCAGAGGAGUCUGUGCUGUCUGUGUCUGUUGGCAACGAGAAGCUGCCGAACAUGACGUCAGAGUCCCAGAUUCAGGCUCUGCACUCAGCCCUGCACACCUUCGACAUGAUCGAGAGUGUGUUGGUGCGAAUAGAGGAACUCACCGAGGUGAAGGAGAAUCUGUAGACCGAGCCCACAACAGUUACUACCGGAGGUCUUCUUCUCCUCAGGGCAGAGCAAACAAAAAAGCCUUCAACUGUUCUGUUGAUGUAUUUUGUAAAAAAAAAAAAAACACAGGAAAAAAUUGAGUCCUGAAUAUAUUAUUUUAAACAGUUAAAUCAUACAGUGCUGGUGUGUUUUUUCAGUUGUUUAGUUUGCUGGUUCGUUUAAAAUGUUUCAGUAUCUAUAAAACAUCCAAAUAAUGGCUGCAAAGUUUGUAUUGCUUCUGUAAUAAACUUUCAAACUCUUGUA